AUGCCCCGUCCGCCCAUCUCGGACAUUGAAUCCAUCUCCUCCUCUGAUCUGUGGGGGUCCGACGCCUCCGAUGUCUCUGACACCGAGUUGGACUUCCCGGGCCACGCAAAGUUCGCCCCACCGCCCCGUCGCAGACGCACCCAGCUCACGGUGGAGGUGGUCUCGCAGAAGGAAUACCGUAAGGCCGCAAAGACCUUGCAGCUCGCCUUCUCCGAUGACCCGUACACCACGUACUUGACCAAGCCUGCCAAGGAUGAGGCUACCCGCACCAAGAUCGACACUGCCUUGUACGAAGCCGGGGUCUACACCUCGAUGAUGUCGGGGGUGGUUCUCGCGAUUCGCGACCCGCAGGAGUUUGAACCAGGCCACGAGGACCCUGAGGCCCCGUUCUGGGCCGUGGCCUGUUUUGUGGACACCACCAAGCCGGGAUCGGCGUGGGUGGACUUCUUCUACGACACGAAGCUCAAGUGGUUGUGCAACAAGAGGGUGUACAAGCGUUUGUACCACGAGCAGUUGCCGUUGUUGGACAAUGCCCGCAUCGAGAUCAUGGGAGACCCCGAGGACCAGGAUGAGGACACCCCAAAGUGCUGGUACUUGGCGGAUCUCGGAACCACCGCGGCUGCCAGAGGUAAAGGUUGUGCGCGCCAGCUCUUGGAGUAUAUGUACGACCACUACAUCGAUCCGCAGGAGGCUACCUGCUACUUGGAGUCGUCCCAUCCGCGUAACCGUCCGAUUUAUGAAAAGUUGGGCUUUACGUUUGUCAAGAUGAUCUUUGUCGGGAAUCCGAACUGCAAGCACGAUGACUUGCGUAUCUGCACGUGCGAGAAGACCUUGACCAUGGACAUCAUGGUUCGAGGGGUCGGUGGGGAGAAGUGGUACUGGGAUAAAUAA